CACAUCGACCGUCGCUCUGUAGAAAGGGAUGCUCCGGCUUUGUUCGUUCUUCGUGUCCCCCGGAACGAGUGUUUCCAUCAAAUGAACAUGAUGAGUGAUGAGCCAGACAGCCUCACGUCCUCCUCCACUAACAUUUCAAAUUCCGUGCGCAAUUUUGUGAGCGAGAUGUUAACAAAGCGAGAAAACAGUGGCGACGUGAACUACUUCAACAACAACACAGGAAUGUCUAGAUUAAUCGGAACUAACUAUGACGAUAACAUCAUCGCCACUGAUUAUGAUGGUGUUGAUAAUUCAACGGACGGUGUUCACUUGCUAAUGCCUACCUGGGCUUACUGGUCUGUGGCCGCGUAUCUGCUUUUCAUCAGCGUUCUUGGCUUAAUCAUGAACACUAUCGUCGUUGUCGUCAUUCUCAGCGAUUCGAGGAAGAUGACGCCAUUGAACUGGAUGUUGCUGAAUUUGGCUUGCUCCGACGGUGCCAUUGCUGGAUUCGGAACGCCCGUUUCAACGGCUGCUGCUUUGCAAUUUGGAUGGCCUUUCAGCCACGAACUGUGCGUUGCUUACGCCAUGAUUAUGUCUACUGCAGGAAUCGGAUCCAUCACCACACUAACGGCGUUGGCUGUCUGGCGAUGUCAACUCGUCGUUUGCUGUCCAGCUAAACGCAAAAGCACGUUUACUAAUCACAAUGGUCGACUCGAAUGUCGCUAUGGCGCCUUGUUGCUCACUCUCAUCUGGAUUUACGCUGUGGCUGUUACGUGUCCGCCACUUCUAGGUUGGGGUCGUUACGAUCGCGAAGCUGCUCACAUCAGCUGUUCGGUCAACUGGGAGUCCAAUAGGCAUUACAACCGCUCCUACAUCUUGUACAUGUUUGUUAUGGGGUUGGUCAUCCCGCUUUCCCUCAUCAUGAUGUCCUAUGUCAAGAUCCUGCGCGUUGUCCGAAAGAGACGAAGGCGAGCCGAAAUCAAAGAGGAAACGCCAAAGACGAUCCCACCAUCUGAUGUAUCUGGUCAUGUUACGCAAAAUUAUGGCCAUCAAAUAUCUGAGCAUCCACUACCGAUCACCAACAAAAAGAGGCAGCAACAUCUUAACAACAAUCAACAGCCUCUUCACCGUCGAGGAGAUGCAGCUGAGAAGAGAGUGACGGUGAUGGUGGCCUGCAUGAUCGGCGCUUUCAUGGCCGCUUGGACGCCUUAUUCCAUUCUGGCGCUUUACGAGACAUUCUUUAGCAUUGACGGCGGUGAUAAUUACAGCGGAAAGAAAGCCAGUGUUUCCGACCCAACACAGGAUAACGAUCCAUUUUAUGUGGGAAUCGUUUCACCUGCUUUCGCUACAAUUCCUUCGCUUUUUGCCAAAACAUCAGCUGUUCUCAAUCCGCUUAUCUACGGGCUUCUCAACACUCAGUUUCGCUUGGCUUGGGAAAGGUUUUCGAUGCGGUACUUUAGUCGAUGCCGUCAUCGGCGCCAUCCCACCGGGGCCGUAGCGGCCAACCGACAAACGCAAAUCAAAAAGCGUGAUAUACGGCGAUUCCGAUUUAGCUGCAAUAGCAAUUCACGUGGUAUUAAAAUGGGAACCACUGUUCACCUGCCUAUGCGAGAAAUCAUAUUUCCAAAGGAAGACAGACAGGGUCAAACUAGCAGCAAAAUCACAACGAUUCCACCCUUUGCCGACACCAAAGCUACCCACUCAAUUCCAGUGCAUAUUGGCCAUAAUAAUGAAGAAGAAGAACAGCGACAAUUGAGAGGCAAUCAACAAGAAACAACUAUGGAAAAUCAAUAUUAUAAACCCCUUCAUCUACCGUCAGCACUUUCAUCAUCUUUGCCGUCACUGUCGGCUUGCACUUCAUCACACCUUGUCUGUCCAGAGGUGAAUGUAACGUGUCAGUCAAUCAAGAAGAGAUCAAUCAGACUUCACCAUCAUAGGGGCCAGCUUGGUUCUUCGAUAUCCGUUCGCUUGCUCUCCCUCACAGCUCACUGCCGUUGCAGCAUUGAAAAAUCGAUGUUCUUGAACCCCUAUGCCGACACCCACGCUAGCCUGACAGCACGUACCACAAUCACUAAGAGUGAUCCGGAAGUAAACCAAACCUAAUCAACGAACUGGCAAAACAUUGUCACCACAUGAUGAUGUCGGAGAAUUGGUGCCGAUAGAACAGCAGCUAUCGAUCAAAACCCGCACUAGGUUCAAUGUAGGAAUAGCUGGCUGAACAGACACAUUUGACAUCAAUUGAACAGUCCUGUGCGAUGACGUCAACUGUUGCUGAAUUAAGCCGAAGAUUUGCGUCAUAGAGGGCCAUGAUGAGUUGUCAAACAAGUUGUAAGAUUACGUUAAAUAUUGUAAGCUUUCUGGGCUUAUAAAUAAGCCGUGCCAAGUCUGAACGAUGCUUCCCUUCGAUCAUCGAAUCGAACUAUUUGGGUGUUGUGGAUGUCGUGAAGUUCGCUGUUGGGACCGCAUCCUUAUCGAUUUGAAUGGAAGAGUUCAAUAAACGGCAGCCUAUAUCGACCAGACCAAUUAGCUAAAAUAAUAAGCUAUAUUGCAUGGUAUACUGGUCUGAUUUACAUUCUGAUCAUAUUAUAAUCGAUAACCAGAAUCGAGGAGAAAGAAUUGGAUUUCCAGUUUGAGAUGAUACUCGUAUAGAUGCCACAUGUUAGACCGUAGAGGACGGAUGACUUGAUUAGAUAAACAGUAGAUACAUUGUUUGAAUUUUUUGCUAUACAAUAGGAUCAAUAUAUAUUAGCGAAAUCGAGAACGCAUGACACGUUUAUAAGGUUGUGUAGCUAUUGGUUAGCUACGUUCGAUAUCGAUUCCAUCUCAAUGACAUUCAAAUCCGUUCCAUUAAAAAAUCGACAACCUAUCCAUCUCUGUUGAUUGAUGUCUGGAAGAUCACUGAAAAAAGAAGCGGUUGUCCCAGAACAAAGAGGGGGACGCUUUUUAUUAAUUUCCAAAAAAAAAUUACGUUUCUCAUCGUUCGCCCGUCUGCUUUAUUAGUUUUCCACAAACCUUUGUAUCUUCGAUUUCCAUUUCUUUAAUUCUGCUGACGCGUUCCUUUUCAUUCCCUAUUCCUUCUCUCCUUUAUAGCUUCACGAGAGCUUUUUUCCACGUUUUUCGGCUUUCCGUCCACAUUCCGUUCCGAUAGUUUUUCCUCUUCUAUUUGCUAUGGAACGAAAAUAAAUUCGUCGUUCCUAUUCCGGUUUAUUC